UCAAUAAACUUUCGAAAGAGUCGGUAGUCUUUGAUUUUCAUUAUCCAUGAUUGAGGUGUGAUUAUAUUAUUUUGUUUACAUGCAUCACCAUUUAAAUUGUAAAAUUACGUUGCAAUGACAGAGAAUUCUACAGGCUUGUACUUUUUCAUGAGAAUGUUUGAAAGUAUGACUAUUUUAAUUAAGCUUAAUGUCCCUUCACCAAAAGACUGAAUAUACUGUUUAUAAUGUCAGUUGGAACUAACUUAAUUUAACUUCUUUGAUAUAAAUUGUUUCCUUCCAAUUGUUAUAAGAACGUAAGAAAUUAGUAACUACGUAGGAUAAAAAAUAUUUAGAGAUGCAAAGUGUAAUGCAAUCAAUAAAUGAAUGCAAUGCCAUUCGGUAUACAUCUUACAGAACUGCAGCAAAAAUGCAGAUCUUGCAUAAAGAACUUAGUAUGCAAUACAUUCAAUUGGAAUUAAUUGCUGGAGUCUUCGAACGCCAUAGACUUUCAAUUACAGAAAAUUGCGUGAAUUUGGAUCCAAGCGAAAUUGAAGAUGUUCUUUCUGAUAUCUAUUUUGCAGCUUGUAAAGAAAAUAAUAUUAAUUUUGAUAUCGAGUCUGCAACAAAACUUGCUGUGAAUUACAUUCUAACUGCAUUCGAUAAACAAUGCACUCUGAGUGUUUCUGUAUUUUCUGUGAAAAUUGCUUUAAUACUAAUGUGCUCUGGAAGAUUACAAGAAAAAUACGGAUAUCUCUACCAACAAUUAGCUGACCACAAUGCGUGCUUAUCUAAAGCUAGUUUGCAUACAUUGUUAACAAAUAUUUGCAAAAUCACAGAAAUGCUUGGAGAAAGCGCAGCGUAUGGAUAUCAAAACAUUCAAUCGCACAUCGAUAGUUGUUUCUCAAAGUCUCAGGGAUGUCUUGGAGUUACCGAAUCUGAGUUUGCGGCUUGGAUUAUGCAAGAACCUCCUUUGCUUGUUUGGAUAACGACAUUUAAUCGUAUAAAAUCUGCGGAACAUAUUAUACAUAAUGUUAGAUGCUCCUCUUGUAAAGCAACAUCCAUUCAGGGACCACGGUACACGUGCUUAAAAUGUACAGCGUAUCAUCAAUGUCAACAGUGCUUUUUGUAUAGUAAAAUCUCAGGAAAACACAAGUUGAAGCAUCCGGUUCGCGAGUUUUGUACCAAGACUUCAAAUCGGGAAGUAACGAAGUUAGUUAUCGAGUUAAUAAGGAACAAAUUGAGAUUGUGCCCUGCCAGGUCAAUUGAAAUGAAUGUUGAGGAUCAAACACCACACAUAUUCAGCAAUGAAGUACCACACAUUGACAACGAAUCAUUAAGAGGUACGAUGAAGAAGCGAGUUCUAAGUGAUCCACAGAAGGAAUUGCAAAGUAUAAUUACUCAUUUAGAAGAAGAAAAUAAACAGUUACAAAUCGAAUUACUCGACAUACAGGGUACUAGAGCGGAAAGACUUCAGCGUCAUAGAGCUACUAUUGAAUCACAAUUACAACGCCUAAAAUUAUUAAAAAAGUAUUUGUUCGCCGAUAGAAGCCACACGCCUCAAGUAAUGAAUCAUAUGCAGAGUACACCUAUGGUCCCACCUUUAACAUCGAGACUAGCAGCGUUACCUAUAAAUUUCGAAUUAAGUCCAAUUAUCCGUCAAGAAACUAUCGAACAAAUCUCGAAUUCGAACAAUACGGACGUGCUGCAAACAAAUAAUUUUAAUCCAGCGUUAUCUGUGGAAUGUGUUACCGAAGAAAACCACGAUGUUAUUUGCGCUGCAGAAGCGUCUACUAGCUCGAGUUUCGGUAAUACGCUGGAACCUACUCGUAUAGAACUGAGUACAUGGAUCGGAGGGACACAGAGAUCCGAAAUAAAUCCCACUGAUAGUGGUUUUUCUCAGUGGCUGGGCUCUAGCGAUUCGGGGUGCAAGAAAGAUAACUAUUCUAUAAAAACUAUGACAGCCAGCGCUGAAAACGAAUCGCCAUUAAUAAUUUCUGAAUCUAUCAUGGGCAUUCAGAGGGAUAAUACUCCGUCUUCUCUCCAAAGGCCUGAUAAACAUUCCCAACAUAGUAGCUUACAAAACAUUCAAGGAGAUUUAAAUGAUAUACUAGAUAGAUUACAAAAUAUGGUUGCAGACGACUGUUUACUCGAUGAUUCUUACGUUGCUAACGAUAAUUGUAAAUUGAAACGUGCUACAACGGAAAUGGAAGAUUUAUUAACGGGACUCAUUCAGGGUAUGGAGUCUCGUAAAAGUAAGCUUACUACUAUUGUGUGACGAAUUUCUGAAUCACAA